ACCUGGCAGUUACCUGGCUUUUAUUGUCACCUUUGAAUAUUGGCGGUAGAUGAACAAUGCGGCAGAGAUGAGCCACCGUGCAGUCAUACAUGUGCUGUGUGUGCUGGGAGUCUUUCAGAAAGGUCUAACAGCUCUGGUACAGACACAGCAGACUGUGAUGGCAGCAGUGGGAGAAGAGGCUCAUUUAAACUGUCAGCUGAUGCAAAAUAAAGAUGUUGUUCAAGUCACAUGGUGGAAACCUGAGGGAGAGAAGACUCUUGCUACUUCUAGCAAACCCUUUGGUCCAAGAGUGAAUCCUGACUUUAUUGAUAAAGUGGAGUUUAAAGAUGCUGGACUGCAGAACAACUCCAUAGUUAUCAGGAACCUGACAGAGCAGGAUGAAGGCUGCUAUCACUGUUUGUUUAAUUCCUACCCUGAUGGUGCUCUCACUGCUAUAACCUGCAUCAAACUCUAUGAGCUGCAUGAACCCAUCCUACAUGUUAGAGAAUCAAACUCUCCUGAAGAGGCAGUUGUGUCCUGCUCGGCCACAGCUCGACCAGCUCCCACAGUAACAUUAAGAGUCCUGCAACAAGACUUCCACUUCUCAAACUACAGCUCUGUCAAUGUCACCAACACCAACGGUACAGUUGCUGUCACCACGACUACUGUGCUGUCUGGUUUCCGUGGUAACAACACACAGGUUGGAUGUGCAGCGCGAGUGCUCUCUGGUCCUCAGAUAGAGGUGUUUAUGAUGAUUCCUGAGGUCAAACAGUCGUCUGCUGAUGGUUUUGAUGAUGAAUCUGGAUCUAAAGACAGGGAUCUCUAUUGGAUUUCGAUCAUUGUAUUCUCCGUUGUCGGGGUCUUUGGUCACAUUGCUGCAUUCCUCUAUUUCCUAGUUAAACACAAAAAUCAGAACAGGUUCUUCUCUCAACCAAAAUCUGAGUCUCAGUCUCUGAGAGCUGAUGAAUGUUGUUCAGAUUUAACUGCAGCAGCAUCCUCCAAUCUGUCACACGGUGACACUGAGAUGAACGAGACGACAACCAACGACACUCAGAAGGCCGAAGCAUCUUCAGUCACACAGGAGAGCGAUGGGGUCAGACAACGGCCGUCGCCUGUGAAGACUGAACCAAGUGAUAACCUGAAUCCAUCACCUUCAACAUCAGUACAACUGUAGAAAGAAUCUGACUGACACAGUUUUAUUGUCAUUGUGGGAGGAGGUGAUUAGUGUUCAACAUGUUGAGCCUCAAAAUAACACAAAAGAUGUAUCAGAGCUUUGCAGGUAAAAUAUCUCCUCACUGUACAUUGUUUCGUCAUCGUUUGUGACAAUUAUUAGAACUUUAUGGCAGCUUCUCUGAUUUUUAUACUGUUUUAUAUCAUUUUAUACUUUUUUUUUAAUACCUUUUUAUACUUUUUUAUACCAUUUUUAUAUAAUUUAGUGUGUACAUGUUUUUAUAUGUUAUAUUUUUUCAGUUGUGAACACACUAUUAUACUGCAUUAACCAGUGUAUGUACAUACUCAAGACAACACUAGUAUGUAGUGUUGUUCCUUUCUUGUGACUUGACAAUAUGUGAAGUAUUUUGAGUUUUUGUAAUUUGUGUCAUCUAAUUAUGCCAAAGAAGCAUUCAAAGGGUGCCUGAACAUGAAUAGUGUUAUAUUAUGGCUUUGUUAAAAUAACAAGUAAGAAUUAAACUUGUGAACUUGUGUAAA